UCGAUGCAACCGGAAGUUCCAUGGAAGUACUGCGAUGAAGCAUGGAGUACAUGUAACUGUCGAGACGGCACUCAGAACGAUUCACUUCAAGAUCCUUGGAACGGCACAAGAUUGGAAUGUUUAAAUUUUACAUAUGAAGAAAAUGCAACAGUGGCAGCAAGUGACGAGUAUUUCAGUAACGAAGUUCUACAACUUUCAAGUGGUAUAGAAGAUAUGCAGAAUCUUAAAUGGGAUCUUUCGUUAUGUAACCUGUUUGUCUGGCUUCUGACAUUCUUAGUUUUAUCUAAAGGAAUCAAAUCACUAGGCAAGGUUGUUUAUUUUACCGCCAUUUUCCCUUACUUCCUUCUAAUAGCACUACUUAUCCGCGGUUGUACAUUGGAAGGGCAUAUGGAGGGAAUCAAGUUUUAUCUGACUCCAGAUUUUGAGAAACUAAAAAAGGCUGAGGUUUGGAGUGAUGCAGCUGUACAAAUAUUCUACUCUCUUGGUACUUGUGUUGGGGGUCUGAUAGCCAUGUCCAGCUACAACGAAUUCAGGAAUAAUUGCCUGAGGGAUGCGUUGAUGAUUCCUCUCAUUAACUGCCUGACCAGUUUUUAUGCUGGAUUUGUUUCAUUUUCUAUACUUGGUUUUAUGGCGCACAAGAAAAACACUACUGUGGACAAAGUAGCUGCUGGGGGUCCAGGACUUGCCUUCAUAGUAUAUCCUGAGGCAUUAGCACAGAUGCCUGUGUCCCCUGUUUGGGCUGUUCUCUUUUUUCUAAUGAUGAUGAUUCUAGGAUUCAGUUCAAUUGUACGUAUAGUGAAAUUUUUAUUUAACUGA